GAGACUGCGGUGGUUGGUCAACACUGGACGCGUAUUCGGCCCUUUACAACACGCGCGUACGAGACUUGAUGCCGAGCUGCAAUAGCUGAAAAUUAAUUUUAUAAUUUUAUAUACGCAUCGUUUUUAAAAACAUUAAAAACAUGGCCACCGCUGAAGCUCAAAUCGGUGUUAACAGAAACCUGCAGAAGCAGGAUCUCAGCAACUUGGAGAUUGGCAACUUAACGCCCCUCUCACCGGAGGUGAUCUCGCGGCAGGCCACCAUCAACAUUGGCACCAUCGGUCAUGUAGCCCACGGUAAAUCGACGGUGGUGAAGGCCAUCUCGGGCGUACAAACGGUGCGUUUUAAAAACGAGCUGGAGCGGAACAUCACAAUCAAGCUCGAACGCUUAAGCGAAAAGAAAAUCCAAAAAUUGUUGAAAUCAAAGCACUACCGCCAGCAGUACGAUAUCCAGCAGCUAUCACGUCUGCGGCACCUAGCCGAGAGACGACGCCACAGCCGCCUGCGACGCCUCUGCUCCAUGCCAGCCCCCCCACCAGGCCACGCCACCGACAAAAGGACGAAUCGUCGCAGCAGCAGCCAAACCUCUCUCAGUCCGAGCCACAGCAGCGGCUAUGGUAGUGCCAUUGGAUGCGAAGACCACGACACCACACACUCGUCACACAAAGGAUCCUCCGUCUCCUCCACUAGCCUGAAGCGUCGUCGCAGUAGUGGGGCCCAGUACACCUCAACAGCAAGCGCCAAGAGAUCGAAGAACAAUCAGGGACUGGUGGUGAAGAAGCCACCGAAAGGCGAAUAUGUUGUCGAGCGCAUCGAAGUAGUCGAGGUGGUUCAGUUCAAGCCGGUUUUCUUUGUUAAAUGGCUCGGCUACGAUGCCAGCAACAACACGUGGGAAAGUUACGAGAAUGUUGCAGAUUGCGCUCAACUCGAGGAGUUUGUGGACCGGCAGCUCCAGCUCUACGAGAAGUACAUUGCCCAGAUAACCAGCGAACUGGAGGAGCAGCUGGAGGACUUACCGUUGAUGGAAAACAUAAAGGUGGCCGAGGUGGAUGCCUACGAAGCCCUGCCACUCCAGAUAGACCUAAUCCUUUUGGCCCAGUACAGGGCGGCAAGUAGUAGGAGCCAAAGGGAGCCGCAGAAGAUCGGCGAACGGGCUCUCCGAUCUAUGCAGCUCAAGAGGUGUCAUUUUGCGCGUCGCCAGCAGCUAUCUGAUCUCGCCAAGUUCGAGGAGGCAAUGAACUGUGUGGAGAAGCCAUCGCCGCCCAUCCGAGUCGAGAAUAAUGUCGAUCUGGACACCAUAGACAGCAGCUUUACUUACAUUCAAAAGAACAUCAUUUGCGAGGGUGUGCCCCAGCCGGAGGACGGUCUGGUGGGGUGCAAGUGCCUGGAUGAGAACGGAGUGGAAGAGUGUACCGCGUCCACAAAGUGCUGUGCCCGCAUGGCCGGUGAACUCUUCGCCUACGAACGGAGCACACGACGCCUCCGAUUGCGUCCUGGAAGUGCCAUAUACGAGUGCAAUAGCCGAUGCGCCUGCGACGCCACUUGCUCCAACCGGCUGGUGCAGCACGGACGCCAGGUACCUCUGGUGUUGUUCAAGACUAGCAACGGCAGCGGAUGGGGCGUGAAAACUCCGCAAGCUCUGCGCAAGGGAGAAUUUGUCUGCGAGUACAUCGGCGAGAUAAUCACCAGCGACGAGGCCAAUGAGCGGGGCAAGGCCUACGACGACCGGGGACGGACGUAUCUCUUCGACUUGGACUACAAUACCGCGCAGGAAAGCGAGUACACAAUCGAUGCGGCCAAUUAUGGCAACAUAUCGCACUUUAUCAACCACUCGUGUGACCCCAAUCUGGCGGUCUUUCCCUGCUGGAUCGAGCAUUUAAAUGUGGCGCUGCCCCACCUCGUCUUCUUCACUCUGCGACCGAUCAAGGCUGGCGAGGAGCUGAGCUUCGACUACAUCCGUGCGGAUAACGAGGACCUGCCCUAUGAGAACCUAUCGACGGCGGUGCGGGUCGAGUGUCGUUGCGGGGCAGAAAAUUGUCGGAAGGUCCUGUUUUAGAGUAAAUUUUUUUUCCGAGUUUUAUGAAGCAUUCUAUUUUUUUUUGCAUUUCUUAAAUAGUUUAUAAGCAAACAUUAUGACCAAGGUAUUGGCAUACAUUUUAAUAAUUUAUUUGUAUAUUGUUUGCACUGCCCGCUUGCGACUUUUAAUUAUAUAGCAGACUCUACUAGUUUAUUAGUUAAGACGAUUUCCUGUAAAUUUUACACGAGAUUUCACGUACUUCAUUUUGAUUAUUAUUGAAUUUAGGUAAUAAGUGUGUUUAAGCCACGUUUACGAUGUGCUGUUAAUUGUAUCAUUACUUGACUAUUAAUAAUUUCACAAUAAACAUUCAUAUUUUGACAACUAUAAGUCUUUGUUUUUCCUUAAAGUCCUUAAAGUUCCAUAUCCAUAUAGCUGGGAAAACGAUUGAAGCAUCUUCAUACACUUUAGACUUAAUAUUUUUUUAUGUAAUUAUUUAAUACUUAAUUAUAAAUAAAAUAGCGUAAGGCCAAAAUGGGAAAUAUUGUUUGUUAAUUGUUGUCCUCACGAUUUCAGGAUACGCCAAUGCCAAAAUCUAUAAGUGCGACAACCCCAAGUGCCCGCGACCGGCCAGUU